AUGGCGGCCACGCUCGUUCAAGCUGCUCCUUACUCUCAAGCCGGCGGCUCCACCAUGUUGAGAUUCGGAUGCUCUCAGAUCUCCAUCGAUCGUGUGGAUCCCCUCGUCAACCCUGACGCCAUCCCGAGUCCGCACAUGCAUCAGAUCAUCGGCGGCAACGCGUUCAACGCUUCCAUUGCCUCGACGGACGUCGCUUCGCUGGCCACGUGCACGUCUUGCAACUUUGCGGACGAUUUCUCCAAUUACUGGACAGCCAAUCUUUACUUCAAGGCUCGUAACGGUACCUAUAAGCGUGUUCCCCAGAUCCCAAACAGAUCCGAAUUCAGCGACAAGUUCGGCCCUCAGAUGAACAGUGGCUUCAUCGUGUACUACGUCUCGGACGGAAAGGGCAAAGUCACCGCCUUCAAGCCCGGUUUCCGCAUGCUGGUUGGUAAUGCCACUCAACGCACCAAGGUCGGAAGCGGAAGAAAGUCCCAGUCGUGCUUCAGAUGUUACUCCGGCCCCAACUUCGGCGGCGACAACGACGCUCCUUGCGCCGACGCUUCUUUGGAUACCGAGACUCUCCCUGCCAAUGCGUGCUUGGGUGGUAUUCGAUCGAACAUUUUGUUCCCAACCUGCUGGGACGGCAAGAAUCUCGACUCCCCCAACCACCAAGACCACGUCGCCCUGCCCACCACGGGCGCCCAAGCCUUCACCGGCUCCUCCACCGGCGGCGCCUGCCCAUCCACCCACCCUGUCAAGAUCCCGCAAAUCAUGCUCGAAAUCGUCUGGGACACCACCGGCUUCAACAACAAAGCCGAAUGGCCCGCGGACGGCUCGCAACCCUUCGUCCUCUCGACUGGCGACACCACCGGCUACAGCCAACACGGCGACUACGUCUUUGGAUGGAAGGGCGACGCGCUGCAGCGGGCUAUGGAUGGAGGUCCUUGUAUGGGAGCCAGCUGUGCGAGUCUGCCGAUUAGCGCUGUUAGUGCGGCGAAGUCUUGUACGGUGCCGAAGCUGUACCAGGAGAAUGCUGAUGGCUGGAUCUCGAGCCUUCCGGGUUUGGAUUAGAAUGUGUGAGAGAUGGUGGGAAGGGGGAGGGAAAGAGAGAGGUGGAUUAGAGAUUGCAUGUCCGAUUUUUCUUUGUUCACUUCACUUCACAUUCAUAUAUCAGGAGAUGUCGACUGCUAUGCUCAUUGACAAGACGUUCCGUUCGUACUCAGUGCUCUCCGUAGUAAGUAGGUAGGUAGUUAUGUUUAGAUUAGGAACUUAACCGAG